AUGCCGUCUGACGCCAAACCAGCCGUGGUCUGCGUCUUCUGCGGAUCCACGGCAGGCAACAACCCAGUGCAUAUGGAAGCAGCGCGGACACUGGCCCACGAAUUCCACAAGAACAACGUGCAACUAGUGUACGGCGGAGGCACAACCGGCCUAAUGGGCGAGGUGGCACGCACACUGGUCGCGCUGUCGGGGCCAAAGGCCGUGCACGGAGUCAUCCCGCAAGCGCUGGUGAAGAUAGCCUCGAGCACGAAUGGGCCCGACUCCCCGGAAGCGCACGCGCCAGCCGCGGCGGGUGGCAAGACAGCCGAACGGGUGGUGUCGUCGUCGGAUGGAAUCCCGGAGUCGGAGUACGGGGUGACGACAGUCGUGCCGGACAUGCACACGCGCAAGCGGCUGAUGGCGACGAAGGUGCUGGAGGGCGGGCCCGGGUCCGGGUUUGUGUCGCUGGCGGGCGGGUUCGGGACUAUCGAGGAGGUUAUGGAAAUGACGACGUGGAACCAGCUGGGGAUCCACCGGGUCGGGGUCGUGCUGCUGAAUAUCAAUGGCUACUGGGAUGGGUUGCUGGCGUGGGUGCGCAAUGCGGUGCAAGAUGGCUAUAUCAGUGCCGACAAUGGGGGGAUUUUGGCUGAGGCCCGUGAUCCCACUGAGGUGUGGCCUACGCUGUUGGCGUAUCGUGUCAGCAAUGGUCGGAUGCAGCUGAACUGGGGACAGGAGUGA